AUGUUCAAGCCUCGAGACCAAGGCUUCCCCUUCCUCAGCCUUUGCUUUAGCAUUAUCGCUGGCAUCAGCGUUGGUACCAUCGUUGGUAUCUUUUGGGGGCUUUUCGUUAGCCAGCUCGUCUCCACCGCACACAGCUUCCAUAGUCCAAACCAUUGGAUCGACCUAGCCCGCACCCAAGCCUACCAGCUUUGCUACGACGGCUGCGGCGACUCCUGUCUCUACCCAAGCAUCAUCGCUGACGCCUGCUACACAACGACUAAGGUGGACCUCUCAUCAUCAAACAUAAUCUGUGACGCGAGCAAGAUCUGGUUCUGGGCCGAGCGCUACCCGAUCCCGUGUCUCGAGGCCGUGGGCGAGAUAUACAAGGCCGAUGCGCUGUGGUGGAAGAAGUUCUGGCUGAGGGCGCUAUACAUAUUUGUUCCUGUGUUCGGACUCCUAGCUUCUCUGGCGACGUUCUUGGCGAUUGAAUGGGUAGUAAGGUCCUGGGAGCGUAGACCACGUGUUACGGUGCGAAGAGGUGAGGUUGGCAUUAGAGCGCCGCUUCUUCCCGGCGUCGCGGUUGCUGUCCUGGCCCUUGCAGUCUUGUCAACCCCAGCUGCUGCGUAUCCAUGCCCGAGCUAUUACCCCCCAUAUGAUAAACCUUUCGCCAAUGCGAAUGGGACGCUAUAUGGUGUCAUCCAUGGUUGGUUAUCAGACUGCUAUGAUGAGACAUACACGUGCGGGGAAUCUUGCACGACGUCUCCAGCCGAUGGCAAAGUGACCUGCAGCCCCAUAUCUUGCACACGAUCGAGGCCAGUUAAGUUACCAGCAGACUUCGUCAACGGAGCAGCUUGGCGUGUGGAAAAGUGUGGAUUCAGGCUUGUGGAUGCGGUGCCGGGAGUGGUGGAUAAGAGGGUGCCAAAUCCAAGGAUUGAGGGAGCGUUGUGGGUAAAGAUUGCGGUGAGUGCAUUUAACAGCACGGAUAUAGGUGGAGAGGGGUUGGAUAAGGGUGUGAGGUGUCUGUAUGGGAUGAUAUAG